AGUAUUUUUAAAACCUCUAUUAACAUCUAAAUGCUUUUCUAAAUACAAAUAACAUGUUAUAUAUGAAUCUAUUAUUUAAGAAUAAAGUUGUGUGUUUGCAGUUAUAAAUAACAUAUUAAGGAAGCACUUAUCUUACUGGUGUUUAGGAGUGUGCUGUUAUUAUAAGGUGUUACCACUAAUACUCUGAACACCUGUGGUGUCAGUGUUACCUGUUUAAUGUAAAUACGUUUUAUUGCAGUAUUAUUAAUCAAAGGUUGGCAUGCCAUCUUUUUACACUGAAGUGUAUGGGGACUAAAUGUGUUAGAUGCCACAAGAACAGCUUAAACAUCACAAAGGUGUCGUGCAGUUUACAUCACAGUGUCAGUUACACUGCUUCUUGCCACAUGUAGCUCAUUUUGGAAAUGCCCUGAUGGGUCGUGAGGGUAGUCCUCCGCUCCAGACUAACAUUGUUGUCUGGAUCGGAGGACUUGUUGAAACAUCUUGCUGUAACUAAGGCUGGGAUUGAUGUAGAUAUAAAACGUUUUGGUUACCAACAAAAGAACCAUAGAAACUGUCCAGGCAUGACGACGCUUGUCUGAAGUGUGCGUCUGUGAUUUGUCAGAAAACACACCCUGCAGUUAGCAUUAGUCAGUGUGUCUGAGGCUAUGAAGAAAAGCACACGGUGUAUGUUCACCUGGCCUCAGGCUGCUGUUUCUUUCUACACAGUGAUGAUUCACAGGACAGAGCACAUAGCAGUUAACACACAGCCAUGCAAACGCUGCUUAGGAUGGUAACCCUACUGCACAACCCAGGCUGCUCAGCUUUGAACUGUCUGGCUACACAGAGGAGGACUGACUGACUGCAAGCUGCCAUGUCCACGUCCAUACCCUGUCCUGGUACCUUAGUCAUCAUCACCCUUCACUCAAGCCUACAUGUUUACAGCCAGAAAUGAGAACUAAACACAAAGUAGCAGAGGUGGCUGAAUUAACUUGCAGAUGUUUAAUUAAAUUAAUUAAAAACCAAACUGUUGGAAAACUGAAAUGCAGGUAAUGGAGUCUGAACAAUGAUUCGUUUUAAUAUUUCAUCCUAUCAGCUCCAAUAUGUGCUUGCUACUUUUAGCUUUCACCUGAAGUCAGUUUUAUUUAUUACUUGAUAAUUAAUAAAUAUUGAUUAUCAUUAUUAAUAAUGUAUAAAUGAAAUGAAAAUGAGUAAUGACUACUUUCAUUGAGUGUGUGUCUGGCUCUGUUUGUGAGUGUGUGUGCUGAUUCAUGAGUGGAGGGAGUGGUGGUGCAGGGCGUGACUCUGACACACGCUGUAUCACACUAUCCAGGUGAGAAAUAGUUUUUAAGGCAGCAACACGAAGCAGCGCACAACUUUACACAGCAGAGCUGAACUCCCGAGCACAGCAGCCAGCUCUCUUUGUUUGCCGACAGCUGCUCCGUUUUCUUAUUUCUUCUGGAGGUUUUCACAGGAGGAACACAACAUGAGAAUACUUUUACUACUAGCUGCCUCGGCCAUACUGUCACACGCCCAAAAUGACUGCUCAUGGGGGGCUUGCUACCCACCCACCGAUGACUUGCUCCUUGGCAGGGCUCACCAACUUCAGGCUUCAUCUACCUGUGGCCUCACUGGCUCAGAGAUCUUCUGUACCCCAUACCAACAGAGGAAGAUGAAAUGUUGUCCGUGUGACUCCAGGAACCCAAACAGUCAACUGGCCCACACUGUCCAGGAUGUUGUGUCCACCUCGGGGCCAGACAGAUGGUGGCAGUCUCAGAAAGAGACGAGUCCAGUUACCCUUCAGCUCAACCUCAACAACCUGUUCCAGCUUGACAACCUGGUGCUGAACUUCAAGGGUCCUCGUCCCAGUGCCUUGGUCAUAGAGAGGACAUUGGACAACGGCAAAACAUGGCAGCCCACCCUCUACAUGGCAACAAACUGUCAAAAAGCAUUUCCCAGCGUACCCACAAGAGUUCCUCUUGCCAUGGAGCAGACAUACUGCUACACACUGCCCCCUACAGACACAAAUCCAUAUAAAGAUCACACAAUUGAGUACAGUCCUUUACAUCAAUACGCUUACGUCGCUGCUCCCAAAAGCCAAAAGAUUGAAGAUGUGUCUGGGUUAACAGGGCUGAGGGUGAGAUUCACAGAGCUGGGUGAUGUGCCUCAUCUGCCAGGCAGGAGUCUCAGUAGGUUUUACGCCCUGAAAGAGAUGAAGGUGAUGGGCAGCUGUAUGUGCCAUGGACAUGCUAACCGAUGUCUGCCACAAGGAUACAGCAGUAGCCUGUUGCCCAGUACUAUACAGGUGAACGCACAGUGUGACUGCCAGCAUAACACAGCAGGUGUGAACUGUGAGCGCUGUGCUGAUCUCUACAAUGAUCUGCCCUGGAGACCUGCAGAGGAAGGCAACACUCAUGCCUGCAAACGUUGUGAGUGUAACAACCACGCACAGCGCUGUCGGUUUGACUGGGCGGUGUACGAGGCCAGUGGACAGAGGAGUGGAGGUGUGUGUGAAAAUUGUAUGCACCACACCACAGGGCCAAAGUGUGACCAGUGUGCUCCAGGAUACCAGCCCAACCCCCGCAGUCGAAUGGAUCGCCCUGAUGCCUGCAUACGCUGUAUCUGCAGUGCCGAGGGGACAGUGAACAGCGGCCGGUGUGAUGACAGCACAGGAUCCUGUCAAUGCAAAGCGAAUGUAGAGGGUCCCCGCUGUGACCGCUGCAAGAUGGGAUACCACGGUCUGAGCUCCUCCAACCCUCUGGGCUGCACUAAGUGUUCCUGUUCUCCGCACGGCUCCCUUUCAGACGUCUGUGAUCCGUCGACUGGCCAGUGUCUCUGUCUUCCCCACUUCCACGGCAUUACCUGCAACGUGUGUGUAAAAGGCUACUGGAAGCCAAACAUGUCCGAAACCUGCAAACCCUGCGGCUGUGAUGCCACCAAGUCAACCACUGAUUCCUGCGAUCAGCUGACUGGUCAGUGUCAGUGCAGAUCAGGCUUUGGAGGCCGAACGUGUACAGAGUGCCCUGAUAAUACGUACGGAGACCCUCUGAAAGGCUGCCAACCCUGUGACUGUGAUGCCAGUGGAACCCUCCCAGGAGUUUGUGACAAGCAGUCAGGAGUCUGUUUGUGCCGACCGGGCGUCUCUGGAGCUCGCUGCGACUCCUGCAGUCCUGACCGCUGCGACUCCUUCCCUGACUGUGAGAUGUGUCCCUCCUGCUUCUUCAACCUAAACACUCAGCAAAAGAAUCUCAGGUCGGUCCUGUUGAGACUUGCUUCCAGAUUAUCAUCUCAGUCUGGAGGCGCUGCUGACUUUGGGCCCCGCAUCAGUGACCUGGAGGCCAGUUUGAAAAUCAUCCAGAACUCCAUGUCCCUCUCACCCAUCACUGAUACACGUGAUGCUCUUUCUAAGCUGAAGAAGCUCAGGUACCAGGUUGAUAAUGACCUUUCACCCCUGACAAAAACUCCUGGUCUGGACUCUGAGCUGGACAAACUGCAGGACCUGCUGGAAAGCUUCACUCUGGUGUACAAUGCCAAGAAAGCUGUCACAGAGAACUCUAUCAGUCCCAACAAUAUAGGGGGCAUUACUGCCAUCAGCAACGCCUACGAUAACUCGACAGAUGACCAAAAAGUUGAGGCCGGGAAAAAUACCAUAAAGGAAUCAACUGAUGUCCGAGAAAAGACUGAGGACAUUCAGAGCAAAGUACAGCCAGCCAACACCAGAGAUCUGGACAAACUGAACAACAGCAUGGCCUCCCAACCCAACCUCACUCCUGUUGCCAGACAAGUGUGUGGCAGUGUUCACUCUGAGCCCUGCACACCUCUCCAGUGUGAAAUUGGAGAUUUGUGCACACCAGUGGGAGAUGCACCCUGUGAAAAGGGGGGAAAGUGUGUGGGCGCUCUGCCUCUGAGCAAGAGGGCAGACGCUGAUGCCAAGGAUGUGAAGGAAGGACUCGACAAACUCUCUGGGAGGAUCACCGACGCUGCAGAGAAGCUGCAGAAAACACAGGAGAUGACCAAUCAGGUGAGGCAGUCUACAGAGAAGCUGUCCAGUAAGCUGCAGCAGGCCAGAGAUGAACUCGAAGACGACCUAAAUGAGACACGCAGCGUUGUGAAAGAGCUCAAAGACUUCCUGUCAGACCCAUCCGCUAACCUGACCCAUGUCCAGAAGGUGAGUGACUGGAUCCUGAAUGCCAAGCUGCCCCCCAGAUUGGCAGGGCAAAGGAAGCUGCAGGAGCUGAAGGAUCUGACAGCCAAUCUACCAGACAGCACAGCAGUGCUGAGGGAAGCUGAGCCACAGUUAGAUGCAGCCAAGAAACUGCUGCAGGAUGCUCAGGAUGCCAGGGACACAGCACUGGGUGUGAAGGCUGAUGUUGAUGGGCUGCUGGCAGGCUUCAGCUCAGUGACUUCCCUUGCUGAGCUGGAAGACAAAUUGCAAGACAAAAUGGAUGUCAUAGAGACCUUGAAUAACAACCUUACUAAGGCCAAAGACCAGCUGGUGCCAGCAGAGAAGGCUCUGGACGAUGUAUCAACACUGAUAAAGCCAAUGAAACCCCAGCUGGAUAAGCUGAAAGACCUGCUGCAGGAUGGAGGUCAGCUGGCUGAAGAUGCACGGGAAAAUGCAGAAAAAGCUGACAAAGAAGCAGCUGCUGGAAAUCAGGACCUGUUGACUUUGGAGAAGCACCUUGACAGUCUUAAAGAGAAAGGUGUUCCCAGGACAGAUGGAGACGGAGCCAGCGGGGAUCGACUGAACAAACUGCAGCAGGAUGCUGGAGCUCUGGCUAACAUAACCAAAAACAUGCUGCAGGCUCUAGAUGGUAAUUCAACAAACAUUUCCACUAAAAGAAAAAAAUUCACUCAUAAAUCCUCAGUUCAUCUGAAAGAAAGCCGACUCCAUCCAAAGACUGCAGGACGAGAUAGUUCAGAAGUCAACGAAGCUGAACAGCUCGAUGUCGAUCUUAAAAACAUCUGA